AUGAAAUCUGCCAAAUCUGCUUAUUCAUUGAGUACAAAUUUAGCAAGUUAAUACACAGAGAGAGUUUAUAGAAAUAAAAAACCAGUUCUUCGUAUAAAUACCGAAACUAGUCAGAGAAUUAAGAGUGCUUAAAUUGGAUCUUCAUCUCGAAAAUGUUAUACAAAUACAAGUAGAGUUAUUGAAAAUUAGAGUGCUUCUAAGAUUCCUUUACAAAUAUAUUAAAGAUAUAUAGAUGAAUCAUUUAUGUCUAAUAAUCAUGAUAAAAUUAUUAAGGAAGCCAAACUAGUUGAACCGACUGUCAUUAACCAUCUCAAUAUUAAUUUUUAUGAAACUUAAUAAUUGAAUCAUGGGAUGAGUCUUUAUGAUAAACAUCCUAAUUUGCUCUUUAAAAUGUAUGAAACUCUUAUAAAUCUUGAUAAAAAUGUUAUGUAAGAAUUAUUUUUAUAUGAAACUUUGGUUGACAAAGAUUAAAUUGGUAUAAAAGAAAAGAAGGAAAGAAACAUUACAGAUAAUUUUAGAUUUGAUUUUUUAAUUAAGGCAAUAAAUAUAAUGGAUGAUUUCAUCAUAUCAUUAAUUAAAAUUAUAGAUGAUAAAACUUUAGCAGUUUUUAUUGAAUAGUUAUGGAAAUUUUGGGUAAUUCUCUUGGAUAUCAAUACUUAAUGGUCAUAAACAAGAUAUAAAGCAUUACUUGAUAUUCAAGUUGGAGCAGUUGAGUCAUAAUUGAAGGAUUGUUAAUUUAGUUUGGAUGCUUUAAGAGAGAAAUAUAUUUAAAAAGUAAAAGGACAUUAAUUAAGAGUUGCUGUCGAAUAAAAAAAGAACUUACAUUUAAAGGAAGAAAAUUUAAAAUGGCUAUAGAUGUAUUCUGAGUUGGAAACAAAAAUAGAAGAAUUAAAUAAUUUAGAUAAUGCAGAAGGUGAAAUUAGAAAAAUAAAUUUGGAUUUAAAAGAGAUGGAUUUUCAAUUAAAUCUUUUUCAAAAAAAUAUGAAUGACUCUUAAAAAUAAGUAGGUACAACUGUUAAAAGUUUGGCAUCCCUUUUAAAGCGAAAAGAUUAAAAAUCCUUCACUGAAUAUUCAUAUGAAGAAUUAAAUCUUCAAGAUUAUCCAGGAUUUAGUGANUAUAUGUUUAGUAUUAUAAUUAUUUAAAUGGAGUCUCGUAACUUUAGGAUUAUUAUUUUAAGAUGUUGUUUUUAUAACCUAAAUUUGUUCACAUGCUAUACGGAGUUAAAUAUUUAUAUAUAAAAUAAUUAUAUGAAAUCUGCCAAAUCUGCUUAUUCAUUGAGUACAAAUUUAGCAAGUUAAUACACAGAGAGAGUUUAUAGAAAUAAAAAACCAGUUCUUCGUAUAAAUACCGAAACUAGUCAGAGAAUUAAGAGUGCUUAAAUUGGAUCUUCAUCUCGAAAAUGUUAUACAAAUACAAGUAGAGUUAUUGAAAAUUAGAGUGCUUCUAAGAUUCCUUUACAAAUAUAUUAAAGAUAUAUAGAUGAAUCAUUUAUGUCUAAUAAUCAUGAUAAAAUUAUUAAGGAAGCCAAACUAGUUGAACCGACUGUCAUUAACCAUCUCAAUAUUAAUUUUUAUGAAACUUAAUAAUUGAAUCAUGGGAUGAGUCUUUAUGAUAAACAUCCUAAUUUGCUCUUUAAAAUGUAUGAAACUCUUAUAAAUCUUGAUAAAAAUGUUAUGUAAGAAUUAUUUUUAUAUGAAACUUUGGUUGACAAAGAUUAAAUUGGUAUAAAAGAAAAGAAGGAAAGAAACAUUACAGAUAAUUUUAGAUUUGAUUUUUUAAUUAAGGCAAUAAAUAUAAUGGAUGAUUUCAUCAUAUCAUUAAUUAAAAUUAUAGAUGAUAAAACUUUAGCAGUUUUUAUUGAAUAGUUAUGGAAAUUUUGGGUAAUUCUCUUGGAUAUCAAUACUUAAUGGUCAUAAACAAGAUAUAAAGCAUUACUUGAUAUUCAAGUUGGAGCAGUUGAGUCAUAAUUGAAGGAUUGUUAAUUUAGUUUGGAUGCUUUAAGAGAGAAAUAUAUUUAAAAAGUAAAAGGACAUUAAUUAAGAGUUGCUGUCGAAUAAAAAAAGAACUUACAUUUAAAGGAAGAAAAUUUAAAAUGGCUAUAGAUGUAUUCUGAGUUGGAAACAAAAAUAGAAGAAUUAAAUAAUUUAGAUAAUGCAGAAGGUGAAAUUAGAAAAAUAAAUUUGGAUUUAAAAGAGAUGGAUUUUCAAUUAAAUCUUUUUCAAAAAAAUAUGAAUGACUCUUAAAAAUAAGUAGGUACAACUGUUAAAAGUUUGGCAUCCCUUUUAAAGCGAAAAGAUUAAAAAUCCUUCACUGAAUAUUCAUAUGAAGAAUUAAAUCUUCAAGAUUAUCCAGGAUUUAGUGAUGACUAUUUACUUGUUAAUCCUCUCAUUUUUCUCUUACAAAUAAGAGUUAAAGAUCAAAAAACCACUCCUUAAGAUUUCUUAUCAUUCUUAAUAUAAAAUUUAAAUCAAUAUCCCAACAUGUCAGGACCAGAACUUUUUCUUCAAUAUAUUGAGAUAGAUUUUAAUAAAGCUCAUUUUUUAAAAGAUCUAAUAAAGACAACUGAUGAUGAUAUAAUUAAUAUUACAAAAUUGAUAUUAGGAAUAGGAAAGAAAAACCCAGUUAGUCAUUCAGUUAUUCUAGAAGCAGUUAAAUUAUGCAGAGCUAUUGAAAAUUAAUAUAAAUAGUUAGAACAAUAAUAAGCUUCAAACCUUAAUAAGAGAACCAGUCUUAUUUUAAGUUAAGAGAAAACUGUCAAUUAUAAUAUUGAUUUGAAUUAAGAGAUUCCUGUUGCAGGGUAUAUUGAUAAUAUAACAUUAGAUCUGAAAUAACUUUAGGAUAAUAAUUAUAUGAGUAAAUUCUUCAAAUCAGUACAACCACAAUUAAACUGAGUAAAAUCAUGUAUGUAGCUAUUCAAUUUUUUGCAGAAAAGGAAUUUGGAAGAUGGAUGAGUUGUUCUUAUAUAUGGUAAUAAGGAACAAUUAAAAUUGAAUCUCGUUGGGAUUAGUAAGAAUAAUUUUCAAAUAUGGAUAGUUAUCUUGUAAUUACUUAUUAUAUAUUUAGGUAUGGUAAUAUGUUAAUCUAAAAUAUAAGAAUUAAAAAUCUCCAGAUUAACCUUCUUUAGUUUAAUGUUUUAAUUGGGUUUACAAAAUUUGGCUUUUGAGACCAAAAAUUUUUAUCAGAUCUACAGGAGAUCAUAUAGAAACUUAGAGAAGUUCUCAUACUAUUCAAAAGCAAUAAGAUAAAUUGGCAAUACCUUAUAAAAAGUCAAUUACUCUUAUAGAUUCUUAAAGAAAAAAAUGA